UUCUACUACAAUAUUUGAUUUUACUCUAUGGGGAAUGAGAACACGUGUGUUGUGAUAGUUCUGUGCUGUGCGCGAGAACACUGAUUGUCGUCGGAUGCCGAAGUCAAAUGAGCUUAAAAAUAUUUUUAAGCAUCAAGUAAUUGAGUGAUAGUUUUGGGCUGCUCGUUUCAAUUUACGAUUUAAAAUGUUUGAUGAAGAAAGUCUUGCAAACAGUUUGAAUGUGGUAAGUGACAGUGACGACGAUGCCUGCGACAGCGAAGAACUGGCGUCCUUGUUCACCGGGCAGUUUGAGCUGCAAGCACAGACCAGAGUCUCGAAAAACAACGCCUACAUAUUACACUUGUGUGGAGCGACUAAGCUAAGUUCGAGAGUUGCAGUAGGUCUGUCAGACUAUUCUUGCGAAGUUUACGAUGUAAACAGUGUCGCUAACGUGGCCACUAUUUUCGGACACGGGAAAGAUCUGUCUGGUCUCAGGUUCAGCCCGAAAAAUGAUAAUUUACUUUACACUUGUUCAAUGGAUGGAACUGUCAAACUUUGGGAUUUGAGGACAGACUUGACAAGCUGCAAGACAGAAUUCAAAGACGGCACCUACGGCGCGACAGGCGCCCCCAAGCCGCUGACCUCGUUCGACGUCGCCCCGGACGAUCGCUUCGUCUGCGCCGGCUCGCAGCUGGUCGACGGGGACGCGUUCCUGCUCUUCUGGGACGCGAGGUCGUCCAAGCUGCUGGGGGGCUACUGGGAGUCCCACUCGGAAGACGUCACGCAGGUCUGUUUUCAUCCAUUAAAGCAGACCACCAUGGCCACGGGCUCAACAGAUAAGCUUAUCAACAUCUUUGACAUCAGCGCAAGCUGCGAAGAUGAUGCACUUCUGCACACCUUGAACACAGAAUCUUCAGUGGCUAAAAUCACUUGGCUCGGAGGAGAGGAUUCUUUAUCGUGCAUCACUCACACGGAAGAUGUGCAACUGUGGAAAACGGAUGGUGAACGACCAGAAGUUCAGUUCUCGCGAGAAACUGUGACAAAAUGUUUGCAGAGAACAUCUGUCGACAACUGUUACCUGAUAGAUGUGCAUUGGAAGGAGACAUCUGGUCAGGUAAUGCUUCUUGCAGGAUCACUGUCAAGGAAAGGCCAGUGUUUGAGGUCACUUGAAGUUACGAAUGAAAAGCUCAAACCCAUGUGCCAAUUUUUGAACAAUAAGGAAGUUGUGAGGACAAGUUGGUACCUUCAAAAUGAUGAAAGGGUAAUAACAGGUGGUGAAGCUGGUUACCUUAAUGUUUGGAAACAACGCCAAGCUUCAAAUGGCCACGAAAAUAAUUUGCCAUCAAAGUCAUCAAGUAUGAAAAUGCCAUCAAAAUUCAAGCAGCACAAGGAAUUUUCUAAGCCCUAUAGAUUAUGUUCAUAAAAAAAAAAUAUAUAUAUAUAUAUACACACACACACACAAACCUUUAUUGGUGGUACGCUGUUUGGUUACUCAUUUUACAAAACUACCCAUUCCUACCUAUUGCCGACAAAAUUGUGACCUUAUUGGCCAUUUCAACUCUACAACAAUUUGUAAUUAGUGUGCUGAAGUCCCUGUUCCAUUCCACAAUUUUGCCAACAUAAUAAGACAUGUAUAAUUCUCUACAGUGUUUUAUCGCACCGUUAUUUUAGGGCAUCAAAAUUUCUUUCAUAAAAAUUGUAUGGUGUUUUUUAUAUUCCUUUUAGAUUCCGAGCACUUUGUAUAAAUAGUAAACGUGACAGGAAACAGUGCAGUGCAACAGCAAUAGGUUUUCAAAUUGCUGUCAAGCAGUUUGUAGUUAUAAUGGGAAAAUAUAGUAAUUACAAUUACAGAAAACUGCACAAUACAAUUUCUCGUCCCGCCAUUUUUCAAUAAGAUAGACGUUAUUCCCCGUAAACAUUUCUUAAGUAAAACAAUAUAUCAUAUUAAAGUAUUCUAUUAUUCAUUCUGAUAUUACCGCUCAUUUAACAGAAAUAUAAAGUGUCCGAUGUGUAAAUUUGCUUUCAAAGACUUAACAAAUGUUAUAACCUUUUUAUGUUUGUCUUCAUUGCUGCUGUGUAACAAUGUAGCCAAUGCUAGUUGGCAUCAUUUGUGCAAGGUCACGUUGAUGCCCGUCUAGAGUGUGCGCACAUGAUCAAUAGCGAUAGGUAGAGACAGGUGUUUUUCGCGAUGCACGAAAUUAAUAUACAUAAACUUAAAAAACGCGAAAUUAUCAAUUACUUAGAGAAAUCACGAAAAAUAUUAAGAAAAAAACACUGAAAAUAGCUAAAUGUCCGUAUUUUGAUGACUCGAUAACAGCAGUCUAUUAUAAUCGAUUGUUAACGACUUUCGAUAGUCUAGGAAGUCGUAUUUGUGUCACGCUAUCGCCUCGCCAGAGUCGCCUCUCGCCACAGUUUGUUAAAAUGGCGUGGAUGUAAUCAAACAUUUUUGCUCUGUUUCUUUUUGUAAAACGUUGAUUUUAAAAUGGCUGUGACAGUAUUUAACAGGGCGGCGGAGUUUUUGAGCGAAGGAUUCUAUGUCUUUGACAAAGUGCAAAAAAUUUUCAUGUGCAAGUACUGCAACGUUAGAAUAGAGUGGCAACGGAAAGACACGUGCUUGAAACACAUAAAAAACAGUGCCUCGCAUAACAAAAACAAGGAAAGUCAACAAUCCGGUGCAAAAAGGCAAGUUUCGCUGGAAUAUGCCUUAACGGCAAAAAAAAAGGAAAUUUUACAAGAAUGAGUUCAUAUGUCAACAACUCUAGCUUUUAUCGAAGCAAACAUCCCGAUUGAAAAACUGGAAGACCCGAAACUUCGUCAAUGGAUGCACAAGUACAUUGCAGGUAGGGCGUACAAUAUUUUAACAGUUUUGUGCAUCCUUAAGCAGAUAAACAGAACGUUACGAUAAUAAAUUUUGUUAGGCCUACCUACUCUUGAAAUACUCAUAUAGCUGCGAGUCGUGUUUUUUACAGCACUUAUUGGAAAAAGUUGAUAUAACCUAGCCACAGGCAAAAAUAGACUUAACUUAUUUGUUUUUAGGUUAGGACUUGGGUUUUUUUUUGUCAGUAAAUUUUUUAAAACAGUUUCCAGUACUGUGCUUUGUAACAUGUUUAGGCCUAGUAAAUACACCUAUAUGCAUUUUUUAAAACCUGAUCAAUGCAGACAAAAAAGUUUGUAUAAAUUGUGCAACAAUAUCUUGUGAAUUAUCCUACUCGGAAUUGUGGUAGGCCUGACAGGUUACAGAGGUUUAAAAGGCAUACAUAGGUCUAGAAAAGUUUAUUUUUUGUGGUUUGUAUAAGAGAGAGUUACAUUUAAUUUAUUAUGUUACAGUAAAAAUUUUACAACACAUUUUUAAUUAUACACCACUAUAUUUUUUUUUUUUUUAAGGCACUGGGGACUUGCCGUCUGCCAGUAGAAUACGGAAAUGCUCUGCAUAGUUGUUGAAUUGUUGCUUGCUCUGUGCAAAUAUUUGGUAAAGUUAUGUAUGAAACUGUGUAGUUCUACUCUUAAAUGACAUAUUAAACACAUUCACAUAGAACUUAUAUUUGUAAACCUCAUUUUGCAGUUUUAAAAUCAACGAAAUUUUUGACGAAACUAGUGAUAAAAUAGCGAAAAAUAUACUGAAAUCAUCUCGUAAAAAGUAACGAAAUUGUGCAAAUUUUUUUCACCGAAAACACCUGUCUCUAGUGAUAGGACAUUCAAUGCACACAGAGUAAACCACAAUUGACAGCCCAAACUUUUUCAUGGAUAGUAGGAUAGUGUGUACUACUACCGUUUUUCUAUUUAAAAUUGAACAAAAUAUGUUUUAGUGGCAUGAUUUAAAUUCUUUGGCAUUUCUUUUGUAUACUCUACUUUUUAAUUAAACUUACUUUCCAUGCAAUAUGUAUAACUUUGCAUCAACAAAAAUGCUCUUCUUGCAUGAAAGUUGCACCCCUAGUUAUCAAACCUGAAUUUAGUAUAAAAUGUGAGCGAAUAAUGUGAUAUAAAACAUUUAAAUUUUUACUGGACCAUUAAAAUGUUUGCACUGUUUAAAUAAUGCAGGACUUCUUUAGCACCAUUGACAUGUUAAAAAAAAAUACAUAUAUGUACAUACUAAAAUUAUCAAAAUGAAAAGUACAAAACAUUGAAAAUUGAUUUUAUACACUUAGACAAUACUAAUUUAUUUUCAUAUUUGUCUUAUGAAUUAUAAGAUUGGCACUAAGCCUGGUGCAGGUACAUAAUAGCAUCCUGCAUUUUGACUAAACACUAAAUAUGGUGCAUCAGAGGUAUGUAAGCAUUUUCUUUGUAGUUAGUUUGCCGUGUUACACAUCUAUGACUUACUAUGUACCCUUAAUUCCACAGUGUAUGUAUUCACAACAUAAUGAAAAGUAAAGGGUCAAGGUUUUAAGAAUACUAA